GUCCAAACCUUCGGCUUUUUCUCCCCUUCUCUCACACACACUUUUUCUUCCUUCCCACUUUGCAAGAUCCCCUCUCCAUUCUCUGAUUCUUCUCUCCUCCUCUCAUGGUCUCUUGUGGCACAUGGACACUGCUCGUCCAGUCCAUCCCUUGCGUGUGCAUGGCGAGAGCAUCCGCGGCCUCCUCCUCCUCCUCCUCCUGUUCGUCGUGCAGUGCUCGCUGCUCAGUUGCUGUUUGGCGCAUGCCGCCGCCGCCGCCGACGCCGUCGACAGGGACGACCCCGUUGUGACGGCGACGGCCGGCCGGGGCCGGCGGUUUCUCCCAUCGCCGGCGCUGCAGCUGCACUCCGUGCAGGUGAAUGUGGCGGCUCAUCCGUGGAGCAAGGAGAGGAGGAGGAGCAGAAGAAGAAGAAGAAGAAGAGCCGCCACGUUGAUGGCCGUGAGCAAGCAUCAGGUGCCCACCGGCGCCAACCCGGACUCCAAUUAGCUAGGCAGUAAUUAAUUAGCUAAUUAACCUAGUAAAGAACACUGCGAGAGCUCUAUUUGCCCCUGCCAUGCAUUCUGUGAGAUGUGAUGAGAUGUCAUGAGCGAUCUACCGUGUAUGUAUGUAUGUUUUAGCUUGUUGAGCCUAAUAUGUUAUUUUCGUCUUAUUUAAUUUAUUUAUGUCAUGAUUUCUUUUCA